AUGGCGGAUGCUCAACAGCAACGAGGAUAUUUCUCAUACAAAAUGGCGAUACACAACCUAGGCGUUGCCGGGUUGGCCCUCUGGGGCUUUAUUGCUUUCUCUGCUGCCAAGCCAUGCAGUUACCCCGAUUUGAUCAAGGCAACGGCAUAUGAGCUUGAAGCUGGAUUGGAUUCGGGUUGCUUCACGAGUGUGGAUCUUGUCAAUGCAUACAUCGAACGGAUCGCGGAAGUCAAUUCGACAUUGCACUCAGUCAUUCAACUGAAUCCGGAUGCUUUGGAGAUUGCCAAAGAACUUGAUGAUGGGAGAAAGAAGGGCAAGAAGAGCGGACCUCUCUAUGGCCUCCCCAUCAUGAUCAAGGAAAACACCGGCACCUACGAUAAGAUGCAAACGACCGCCGGCUCGUACGCCCUGCUCGACGCCAAACCCAGCGCCGACUCGACCAUGGCCGCCAAACUGCGCGAGGCGGGAAUGAUCAUCAUGGGCAAGACCGGGCUCUCGCAGUGGGCCAACUACCGGUCCGGUAACUCGUCCAACGGAUGGAGUGCGUAUGGAGGACAGGUCACCGCCGCCUUCGUUCCGAACCAGGACCCCAGCGGAUCGUCGAGUGGCAGUGGUGUGUCUUCGGAUAUGGGUCUUGCAUUUGCAUGCCUUGGAACUGAGACCAGUGGCAGUAUCACCAGUCCCAGUGAAAAGAAUGCUCUGGUAGGCAUCAAGCCCACCGUGGGACUGACCUCGCGGUAUCUCGUUAUCCCGAUCAGCGAACAUCAAGACACCAUUGGUCCUAUGGCGAGAACCGUCAAAGAUGCAGCUCUGGUGCUCAGCGCCAUCGCCGGCAAGGAUACUCACGACAACUACACCCUCGCUAGUCCUUUUGAGAAGGUUCCCGAUUAUGUCAAGUCCUGCAAGACGAAUGGCCUGAAGGGCAAACGCAUCGGAAUCCCAAGCAACGUCCUUGCCUUGCGAUACUCCGCCGCCCAAGCACCGUACUUCGGCGCCUUUGACGCCGCCGUGAAGGUCCUAGAGGAUAACGGGGCCACCAUCGUCUACAACGCCAAUUUCACGGCCUACAAGGACUACCUGCACAACAGCACCGGCUCCGUCCUGGAGGCGGACUUCAUCAGCAACCUCGCCACCUACCUAUCCGAGCUGGAAACCAAUCCGCAAAACGUACACACUGUCGCCGACGUCCGUAACUUCACACAGCAUUACCCUGCCGAAGCCUAUCCCAGCCGAAACACCGCAGUCUGGGACGCUGCGCUCAAGGCCGGCAUCAACAACACCUCUCCUGAAUUCUGGCCGUUGUACCAGCGAAAUCUCUACUACGGGGGCGAGGGCGGGGUCUUCGGUGCCAUCGAGAGACUUGACCUCGACGCCGUCGUCCUCCCCACCAACAUCGGGUACCCGAUCUCUGCACUCGUGGGCGGGCCGGUCAUCACCGUGCCGAUGGGCGCGUAUCCCGCGGGAACGCCGGUGCAGGACUCCGCUCCAUGGAAUCUAACAUCGGUCGCUCCCGGCGUGCCCAUGGGCUUGGGUUUCAUGGGACUCAAAUGGAGCGAGCAGACGCUCAUCGAGAUGGCAUAUGCCUAUGAGCAGAAGUCGUUAGUUAGGAACGGUCUGACGCACUAUAUUGAACCAACGACGCAGCUGGUAGAUGUCGUGGCGCUGCAGCUGUACACAGCAACCACCAUUGCUCGCAACAAGCUGCGCAUCCUGCUCGCAUUCUACUCAAUCCCCAAAGAUCAAAGGAUCCACACCGCACUCCUUAUAACGAGCAAGAUCAAGCCCGGAGCGAAGAGAGGAACGAUCUCAGCCAGAAAGUGGCACCUCAAGAACACCAUCCAGGUCAUCAACAAUGUCCCCACGAGGGCCUGGCGCCUGAUCGCUAAAGUCCACAACAUCAUCGAAGUAGAGAGACUCCUGAACUCUGCGCCCGUUUAUCAACCUGAGGACUGGGACCAGGAUAUGGCGUGCGUGUUCGACUCCAACAUCUGGGCAAAGGAAGCAAUGAAGGAGUUGAGAUGGGAGAAGAAUGAAAUUAUCAAGCCGACACUUCUUACCAAGGCGGAGGAUAGACUUCACAAGUACCUUGAGAGUCACUAA